AUGGACCCAGAGCUCGGAAUCAAGCCGAACCCACGCCCGGCUGAUGGCUAUGGGGACAAUCCGCGCUGUCAUCGCCGCGACGUGAACAACUACUUCACUUCGAAGUUCUUGAAGCCGGAUGACCUUCUCAAGCAGAUUACAUCCAGCCCUGACAUUCUAACGUUCCAGAACACUCUCCAGAACAGCAACGAGCCGAUGGCUGCACUCCACAUAGGAGGCCACUUUAGCAUUUGGGGCGACCCUGGCGGCGAUGUCUUCGUGAGCCCAAAUGAGCCUACAUUCUGGCUGCAUCACGGGCAGCUUGACAGGCACUGGUGGAUAUGGGCAAAUUAUCAGGACAAAGAGAUUGCGAAGAGGACAGUUCAAUACGAAGGUGACAUCCCCUUGCUAUGCUGA